ACACACCCUUGAACUGAAAAUUGAACACAGAUUAUCCAUGAUCAAUAAUCAGAAGCAGUGCAUGAUACCGAUUGGUCAGGAUGGAGAACAGCAUUUCGGGACUUGUCGAAAGGUUGGGGAGCGAUGAAGAUGGGGUACGCAAGAUGGCAGUCUUCAAACUGCAAAGUAGCAUCGGUGAUCCCUCAUUCGCCGACAUAUUCAUUGCAGAAGGCGGUCUGAUCAGGCUGCGCCAUUUGAUCUUGCAUGCAACUGGAAACACAUUGGCAUAUAGCCUGACAAGCUUUGCAAGACUACUGGAGGUGGAUAAGGGCUGGGACUUUGUAGACCAGCAUGUUGUUGAAAGGGUUGUCGAACUCAUUGUGAACCAUCCUCUUGUCAAUAUCCUGAGGGGUGCUAUGUCCAUAUUAGUGUCCAUAGUGUCAUAUUCACACAUGAGCGAAAGUAUCACGCAGUGUGGGGGCUUCGGAUAUCGUGCGUUGAAGCCUGCAAUUGCCAUAUAUCCGCAGUUUCUGGAGAUGCUUGUCAGCAGACUGUCCUCUGCGGAUCAUGCACUUUGUGCCAAUGCAUUGCAGCUGAUCAACUCACUCAUGCGAGACUCCAUCACGAACGAUGCAGAUGAGGAAUGGCCAAGAUUUAUCCAAAAACUACAAGACCUGGGAGUCAUACGAGCAGUGUACUCCCUGAUGCAGGGAAGUGCCAUGCAAGACCAUCUCCAUCCACUGAUCGAGUUUCAGUAUCUCACAAAAGUUCUUCUGCGGAAGUGGAGAGACAUUUCUCUUAACUUGGAUCAACCAGAACAUAGGAGAGCUUUGAGAGGGAUCUAUCUGGCCAGCUCUUUGGAAAGGAGCCGGGAUAAUGGUUCUGAGAUAGGCGAUGAUGUCAGUCCGUCCAAGCGCCAUAAUCCAGAAAAGUGGCGGCGACUUGGUUUCGAGACGGAAAACCCAGUCAUGGACUUUGAAAGUACAGGCUUUUUGGGGUUGAUGGACCUCGCAGACUAUAUCAGAAACAAUCAAGAUGAAUAUCAGAGAAUCAUCAUGGAACAAUCGACUAGGCCAGCCGAUAAACGUUGUCCGAUCGCUCGUGCUUCCUUGUCUAUUACCUCAAUUUUAUAUGACCAUUUCGAGGUCGACAAAUCAGACAUGGAAGACGUCAAAACAUCCUUGCUGAUAGAUUCGCGCUCUAACGUUGACAGUCUAUUUCAGCCUUUGUUGUUACACUGGACGCGGAUACAUGUCGCUGGAUUACAUGCUUUCUUCCGUUUGUGGAAGACCACAGGUGCUGAAAGCGAGGAUUAUGACAAGAUUGUGGAACUUGUUCGAGUGCUUCUCGAAUCGAUUGUCGGUCGAGCACCUCGCACCAAGGAUGUGCAAGAGGUGGAGGAAGACAUAGUCAAUUUUGACUAUGGGCGCCUUCGUGAAUUACAGAUGGAACUAUUGGAAUUUACAUACGAGGAUGCUUGGGGACAACAUCUGCGGCAUAUGCGCGAAGAGCUCUACCAUGAAGCCCUUCAGUUUGUGAAGGAGCAACGUAUACGAUGUCUGCUUCGAGGAGGCUGGUUUUCGAAUGACAAACCAGAAUCAGAAGCGGCAUCCAAAAAGUCCUCCUGGAGAUAUAUCCAGCUAUCUCAUAAUCGGCGGCAUUUGCACUUUCGCGACUUUGAGCAUCGGCAGAAAGAAAACCCACAACUAGACAUUCUUUCAGAAAAAAUCGAUCUUUCCGCUGUGUCUUCUGUUGUCUCCAAUGUCUCAACAGCGCCUGAUGAUCAGGGUCCAUUCGCUGUCAAGACUCAGCCUCACGCUGAUCCUUCGAUGAGAAUAACAAUCUAUGGUUAUAUUGACCAUACGGCAAAGACAAAGGGCACGGUGGACACCAAACAUCAUUCUCGGCACCCUAGCAAGUCUACACAAGGAGAGUGCAUACUUCUGAAUUUGUUUCCGCAAUCUCCUCGCGUAGCAUCAGAAUGGCUUGAUGGUUUACUGAUGCUACUUGACCAGCAACCUAUCACAACUGAAACAAGCAAAUUAAUUGGUUCAAUCAGCGACUAUGGCCUGAAAAUCCGCCUAUUGAACAUUCGCUUUGACGACCUAGCACUUUUUGGUGAAACUCCCAGCGUUCCUUCGCGUGAAGGUCUGGACAAUGAUUACUAUUAUGACGUCUUCGGGGGUCCUUAAGGCGGGGGUCUUUAAGGGAUCCUAUCUCGCCUGAUGCACUCAUUAUACAUACUUCGAGAGGACACUUUGCAUCCACCCACCAAAUAAUAUAUAAUGCCAAUGAGAAAAUCCGUUUCGAUCCUUCUUCACUUGCGGAAGUGAAUGAUGACAACCUCGCUCAUUACUUUAACUCCUCCGAUUACCGUUCCGAAAAUAGUUAGGCCCCAAGUCACCGAAAGUUUACACGUCCAGGCCCACCCUGGCAGUGUCCUGGGCCGACCUUGUUGAUCUUCACGCACGUCUGAACA